CACAUUAUGGAAGAAAAGAUCUGUCUCUACUUCAAUUACAUCAUGACUUUGAACUCAUUUUGCAGCUUUUGCCCAGAUAUCAUAAUAUCUGGUUGUGACUUAAUACAUGGCCUUUUGAAAAAAUGCACCUGUUUUGGUUACAUUUAGCUUAAGACAUAAUCAAUUUAACCAUGUUGUAAUAUAGCUCAUUACACAAGUAAUUUUGGAAGCUUCUUGCUCCUUUGUGCAGUGUAUGUGCCUCAUUUUCUGGCCCAACAGAAAGUAAAGAACUGCUCUAAUCCGGAGAAGACAUUAAUCUGAAGGGGAGAAUGGAAAUUUUAGAACAGACUGGAGUCCCCAGAGUGAAGGAGUUUGGUGGCAUCCAUAAGAGAGUCGAAGGAAUCGAACGAGGAGAGCGAGGAGGUCGGGGAAGAGAGACCAUCAUUGCAGCACAGAGAGAUUGGCUGGUGAAUGACAAUCAUGGCUCAGGUGCUUCAUAUGGACUCCAGUUUUCCAGGGAAGAUUAACCCCCAGGAGCCCCCCUCCUUGCAUGGAAAGGACCCAGAGGCUCCAUACUCAGUAGAGACCCCCUAUGGCUACCGUCUGGACCUGGACUUCCUCAAGUAUGUCAAUGAUAUUGAAAAGGGCAACACUAUUAAGAAGGUGCCAGUGCAGCGGCGCCCACGUUAUGGCUCGCUUCCACGUGGCUACGGAUACACGGGCUCCUGGUGGACUUCCACUGAGUCACUCUGCUCCAACGCCAGCAUGGACAGCCGUCACUCGUCGUACUCCUACUGUGCCCCUGGAUUUCACAGCUCACAGCGACCCAACUUUAGUACGACACGCGUGGAGAAGACCUUGCUGGACGCUCGCCGCAAGCUGGAGGAGGAGAAGGAUGGCUGUCGUUUCUCGAACCUGGGCAGCAUGCACAGCAGCGUGGCAAGCUCCAACACCUCACUAUCCAGUGCCCACAGCUUCAAUCGUGCCCAGGGAGGUGGCUCCUAUACGCCAAUGAGCUCCGGCUUGUCCACACCUGUCUCACCAACGCCCGCCCAUCUGCAGCAUGUACGGGAGCAAAUGGCCAUUGCCCUGCGGAAGAUCCGUGAUCUGGAGGAGCAGGUGAAGACCAUCCCGGUGCUGCAAGUGAAGAUCUCCGUGCUUCAGGAGGAGAAGAGGCAGCUUAGCGUGCAACUCAAGAGCCAGAAGUUCCUGGGUCACACACUGGGGUUCAAUCGGAGCCGUCCACGAGGAGAGCUCUACAUCGACAUACCCGAAGAGGAGACGGGAAACGGGACAGGAGCCACGAAUAGAGCCACAGGAAGUCUUUCACCUACCACUCCGGGUUCCCUUCAGGACUCAGGAUGUGAAAUCGAGGAGACUGUAAUUGUCGGUGGAGCUCAUCCGGGUGCAAAGCGGGAGGUGCGAACUGUCGGUGUGGGACCUGAGGUGGUUUACCAUCAAGUGGGAGUUGGGGUGCGAGAAGAGGACUUGGGGCUGCUGCCUGAAGCCGAAGCCCUCAAGACUAAGGUGGGGCUUUUAGAAGUUCAGCUGAGGAAAACGAUGCAGGAACUACAGAGCGCUCAGCAGCAAGUGGAAGCGGCUCAGAGAGAGAGGCAAGCUCUUUCCGCUCAGGUGGGCCAUGCGGUGAGAGCCACCAGUAUCGGCUGGCAGGAGCAGCAGGGUCAGGUCGGUGCGGGCCUGCACACAGUUGUCAGUUUUACUCAGCAGCCUCAUCAGCAGAGGACCGUGGGGAUCCAAGUGUACACGCUGGAGCAGCCCACAGUGGUGGGUGUGGGGACGCUGCUAAGAGCCCAGGGUUGCACUUCUCCCGCUCAGCCUGGGUCUGCACUGGAAGGAGCCCACAGAAGACAUGCAGAGUCCCCAGCAGCAGAGGAAUCACCACGUGAAUUUCCCAUUGCAAUAAGCUCUAAGCAGGUGCGGGAGGUCUUGAGAAGUGAAGUGUCCAAAUCAGUGCCAGUGACCAACCAGGCAACUGCUAUGGAGACAAAGUGCAGCAAAGUGGCAGCCGUCUGCCAACGGCUAAAAGAGGGAGAGAUUUACCAGCAACCAGCAGAAGAAGCCAUCCAAAUCGAUCCAGCAAAACCAGCCUCCCCUCAGUCCAACCUGAGGUCAAUCAUGAAGCGAAAGGCAGAUGGGGAACCUGGCUCUCCGUACACCAAAAAGAACCUGCAGUUCAUAGGAGUCAAUGGAGGGUACGAGUCGACAUCCUCUGACAACAGCAGCUCGGAAAGUUCCGAAGAUGAGAGCGAUGCAAGCGAAUACCACGAGGCUACUGAGAAACUACCGGAAUCUGUGGCUCAGCAGUCUCAGGUUACCUCCUGCAGCCUGCAGCCCAUCUGUGAGACAGCAGCUGCUCAAACACCUCAGCACAGCACUGCCCAGCCACCAGCCAAUCACACUGCAGCACAGCAAAGCACCAGCCAAUCGCAAGCCACGGAUGCAGCUACCCAGCAACAGGUCACCCAAUCACCAGCAGCAGAGGCAGGCAUACAGCACUCUGUAAACCAAUCGUCAGUGACCACCACGGCUCAUCCGGAGGGCAUCGUUCAAUCAGCAGAUGUUUUCCAAGGGCGUACCUCUCAAAGCACUGCCGCUUCUCUUGAACAAGACUCUGUCCAGUUGUCACCCACCAGCGUUAUGGUGCAGCAAUCCAAAGCCACCGAUUCAAACGUCCAGCCAAAUCUCACUCAGCCAGAUGUGUCGGGCCUUGCUGCUCAGCAGACAGUCACUCAAUCACAAUCCACCGGUGCCAAACCUCAGCAAGAUGUUAGCCAAUCAAAAACCGCUGACCUCACCAUCCAACAAGGAGCAACACAGUCACAAUGUACUGAUGCCUCAGCAAAACAGGACAUAGCCAUAUCCUCCACCACUGAUCCAGCUGAAAAUACAAGCACCACCCCUACUAACAAACAAGCAAGCAGACUGGAUUUGAGUGGCAGUCUCGUGGCGGCCCUCCACACCUUGCAGAAGGCACUCAGUGAACCAAAUGCAUUCAGCCAUCAAAAUGCAAGGACAGCCUACACCACAGUGCUGCAGGAGUGGCUCAGAGUGUCCUGUCAUAAGGCUGCUGACACUGCAGUUGUCAAAGCAUACAUGGACACCUUUGCCUCCAUUUCUCCUCAGCUACUGGAGUUUGUCAUCAACAUGGCUGACGGCAAUGGAAACACAGCUCUGCACUACACUGUCUCUCACUCCAACUUCGCUGUAGUCAAACUACUGCUGGAUACUGGUCUCUGUAAUGCUGACAAGCAGAACAAGGCUGGUUACACAGCUAUCAUGUUGACAGCUCUGGCUGCCUUCAACUCUGACAGUGACCUUCAAACCGUCCUACAGCUGCUCUGCACCGGAGACGUCAACGCCAAAGCCAGCCAGGCGGGGCAGACGGCGCUGAUGCUGGCGGUCAGUCAUGGCAGAGGGGACAUGGUGAGAGCUCUGCUGUCCUGUGGAGCUCAGGUGAACCUGCGGGAUGAUGACGGCUCCACAGCGCUCAUGUGUGCCUGUGAACACGGACACGUGGACAUUGUGCGGCAGCUGCUGUCUGUGCCGGGCUGUGACGCCACGCUCACUGAUAAUGUGAUUAUCUCUUUCUUUAUCAAGCUUGAUUCCACCUUCAUCUGUUAAAUUCCGUCUAUCUUCUUUAUUGCUU